GCAAUGUGUGUGUGGACGGGGAACUGAGGCAACGGGCUCAAGCAGGCACUAGAAAUGCAAUAACACUUAACGUUACUAUUACGCAAGUGAUCUGCGAAUUAGGAAACUCUGAAGUUAAGGGAAUAAUGAAAGUGUGACUGGGUGAUACUCAAAAAAAUAGUCCAGAGGUACCAGAUGAGUGUUUAUAGAAAACGUGGGGCUCCGUGUCGGAGCGCUGCACUGAUGAUUUGAACACAGUUUGUAGCCCUCCAGUUGCUCUGGUUUCUGUAAGCGGGCAGUUGGACGGCUGUUGACUCUGUUAAGAAGACUUUCACCGUCCCGAGGCAAGGAAUAUUAAACAUGACCGUGGCCAAUGCAAAGUCUGGCACAGCCAUGCAGCAGGUACUGGACAACCUGAAAGACCUGCCAUCAGGCACAGGAACCAAAGAUAUUGACCUCAUCUUCCUCAGAGGCAUCAUGGAGAGCCCCAUUGUCCGCUCCCUCGCCAAGGCCCAUGAGCGUCUUGAGGAAGUUCAGUUACAAGCUGUACAGGAUAAUAAUGUUCAGCUGGUCACAGAGAUCCUGGAUUCCCUCAAUAAACUGCCAGAAAAAGAUGCUGCCACUGCUGAGCUUGUCAAACUUCUUCAGGAGCCUCACUUCAAGUCUUUGAUAGAGGCUCAUGACAAAGUGGCUGCAAAGUGCUAUGAAAUGCCCCACGCUGCGGCGAACAGCGAUGCCUCAUUGACGAGUUCACUCAUGCCAGCUGAUGCUGUCAGGAUGAUUGGCAUCCAGAAGAAAGCUGGGGAACCACUGGGGGUGACGUUCCGUGUGGAGCGGGGGGAGAUGGUGAUAGCGCGGAUCUUGCACGGAAGCUCAAUUGACAGGCAGGGCAUGCUGCACACAGGGGACAUAAUCCGUGAGGUCAAUGGUCGUGAGGUCGGUCGCAACCCCCUUGAACUCCAGGAGCAGUUGAGGGACUGCAGCGGGAGCAUCACACUCAAGGUCCUGCCCAGCUACAGAGACACACCGGCAUCUCCACAGGUUUAUCUGAAGCCACACUUUAACUAUAAUCCGGCCACAGACAACUUGAUCCCCUGUAAAGAGGCAGGCCUGGCCUUUUCCAAGGGAGAAAUCCUUCACGUUGUCAACAAGGAGGACCCCAACUGGUGGCAGGCAUGCAAAAUUGUUGGUGGAGCCGCUGGUCUCAUCCCCAGUCAGUUCUUGGAGGAGAAGAGGAAAGCUUUCGUGAGAAGAGACUGGGAUACUUCCGGUACAGGGAUGCUCUGCGGAACUCAAACUGCAAAGAAAAAGAAGAAAAAAAUGAUGUACCUCACUUCAAAGAAUGCAGAAUUUGACCGUUAUGAGCUGCAGAUCUAUGAGGAAGUAACCAAGAUGCCGCCGUUCCAGAGGAAAACACUGAUUCUAAUUGGAGCCCAGGGUGUUGGGAGGCGGAGUCUGAAGAAUAGACUUAUUGUCAUGAACCCCCUGCGAUAUGGCACCACUGUACCCUUCACGUCACGCCGUCCGAGGGAAGAGGAGAGAGAUGGCCAGAACUACUGCUUUGUGACGCGAGAGGAGAUGGAGAAGGACAUCAAGGAGAGCCGAUAUCUGGAGCACGGAGAGUAUGAUGGCAACCUUUAUGGCACCAAGAUUGACUCUAUACAUGAAGUGGUGCAUGCAGGCCGUACCUGCAUCCUGGACGUCAACCCUCAGGCCCUGAAAGUGUUAAAGACUGCUGAAUUUAUGCCAUUUGUGGUGUUUAUUGCUGCUCCUGAACUGGACACACUUAGAGCUAUGCACAAAGCUGUGAUAGAUGCUGGACUUACUACCAAACUACUCACGGAGAAUGAUUUGAAGAAGACUGUGGACGAGAGUGCCAGGAUCCGCCGGGCAUACAGCCACUACUUUGACCUGACUAUUGUCAAUGACAAUUUGGACAAGGCCUUUGACAAGCUGCAGGAGGUGGUAGAGCGUUUAUUCAUAGAGCCGCAGUGGGUUCCAGUCAGCUGGGUCUACUGAUGUUUUACCCCCUGUUGUAGAGAUGUGGCUUUCCAAGCUGCUAGGCCUGGGAUGAAAGGGGAGACCUGAAGGGAAGGGGGAUUCCACACUGUACUUCACACACGGACAAAUUGUUGAACAUCAGCCCGGUGUGAAUUUGGAUUUCGCACAAAGCUGCAGCAAAACUGAGUCACCUUGAUCUGAAUUGCCAGAUUCCUUUCUAGCACACUAUGCAACUCACAACACACAGGAAGUGUACUUAUUUAUUGGCUAAAUGUUUUUUAAAGAAUACUUUCAUUCACGCGGAUUGGAAGAAAAUACUGGCCCUUGUGUCAGUAUGUUUUAAAAGCAAAUGCAAUUUUUUUUCGUCACGUCUGUUUUUUAAAUUUACAUCAGUAUGUAAGAUAGGUUAUUUAUUCUGCAAAAAUAAGGAGGGCUUGCUCAUCGAAAAGAACGAUACCUCAGUGUCACAGUUUACAGUGCAUAUGCCUCCAGUAAUUCAUCUCAUUUAAUUACUACUGUACAAACUUACAAACUCAUUCAUGGAGAACAGUGUCAUAUUUUUAAGACUUUGUCUAUGUCUCCUCCUCAGGGCUUUAUUUAUGCCCUGGCGUCUUAGCGGUUCAAACUCAUUAAUGGGAAAUGUCACUAUUUGAUGGAAAAGUGAUACUGUAGUGUUGACCCAUUAACUGUCUUUCAUGCAAGCAUAACAGAUUACAUUAAUUAUGUUGAUUGUUUGUCAAUCAUUUGGAUUAUGAAAGUGUUUCUGACUGUUAGAGCCGUUGAUAUGGUGCUGUAUCUGUGUUUGUUUGGAAGAAAGAAAAAUAACUUUCCACAGGACUCUUGAACAGGGUACUGCAUCUCAGUGAACCAUCCCUUUUGAUGUGAUAUUACUAAAGGAUAACUGUUUUAAAGUUCAUAGUGACUUAUAAAAGUCCAUAUCGAGGUAUAGGUAUAUUUUACAAGAUUUCAGAAAAGUUGUAUUUUCAGAUGUCAAAUAAAUAACUUGUGUUUUCUAA